AAUUAAUUAAUUACCUAUUUAUUAAUCAUUAAACAUGUGGGCCGGACCUGGACACGUCGAUGAUGGCACCGGAGGCGUUCACUUUGUGGACGGACAGCCAGUCCAUGACGGCAAUUUCGGUGGAUCAAAUCUCGUCCAUGGAGGAAUUGACGUAGCUGAUGGCAAUUUCGGUGGAUCAAACAUCGUACACGACGGAAUUAAUGUCGCAGACGGCAAUUUCGGUGGAUCCAAUUUUGUAGAUGGAGGGUAUGGUGGGGUAAAUGUGGUAGAAGGUGACUAUGGUGGAGUAAAUGUGGUAGAUGGUGACUAUGGUGGGGUAAAUGUGGUAGAAGGUGGUUAUGGAGGGGGGUCAGCAAUGAGGGCGUUUAGCGGGGAAGUGGAAGCGGAACCGGAAGCGGAAGAACCGGCGGAAGCGGAGGAGGAGCCAGAAGAAGCAGAAUAAAAUAAGUUUAGUUUAUUGCUGGUAUUGACUAAGUCCCACAGUAAGCUCAAGAAGGCUUGUAUUGUGGGUACUCAGACAACGAUAUAUAUAAUAUACAAAUACAUAAAUACAUAGAAAACACCCAAGACUCAGGAACAAAUAACUGUGCUCAUCACACAAAUAAAUGCCCUUACCGGGAUUCGAACCCAGGACCGCGGCGUCACAGGCAGGGUCACUACCCACUAGG